AUGGGUUGCGCGACUCUGCAUUUCUGGCCUGACAGCUUGGACUCUUUACUUUGCCACUUGACUGAUUGCACUUUUAUCGAUGCUCGUGUAUUUCCUAAUGAUACUGCGUAUAGAAAUACUCACUGGGCAGCCUUUGCUACUGGGCUAGGGGCAGUUUGGCACGAGUUAGGUCACUGCUUCGGUCUCGAGCAUACAACUUCAGGUAUAAUGCACAGAGCUGACGAUCUUCAUUUAUGUCUUGGCUUUCCUCCUCUUGAUUCAUUUUGUCGGAAGUGCAGUAAUCUUAAAGUAAAUAAUUCGUCUGACGAAAAUCGUUUACUGAUGAUGGACGAACUAGAUCCUUCAUGCCAGCAUGAGUGGCUCAAGCCCCCGAGCCCCUUGCCAUCCGUACUUCAAUUUAGCUCAAUUGUGUGCAUCAGUGAAAAGCUUACCGCUUCUACUGUCUCGGAUCGAUUUUGGGCUACUUGCUAUUCACUAUGGCAUCAGGGCGAGACUUAUUGGGGUGCCUCAAUCGCAAAACAACUUUCUACUAAUCCGUAA